GUCCAGUAAAAGAGUCUGGUGAGAAACAUAAGGCAUUUGUUGAAAUUCCUAACCUGUCAGAAGAAAAUGAGGUAGAUGAUACAGAGAUAAAUGUUAGCAAAAAUAAAGGGGAAGGCGAUGCGCUGAAGGACCUUAUGAGAACGGAAGGAACCACAAAAGUCAGAGAGGCCCUGAGAGAUUACCUGAAAGCACUUAAAAGGGAGUUUACCUUGGGAAUGAUUCCACCAACAAAAGGCACUGUUGGUCAGGAGCUGGCUGCUGAGCAAAAACUCAGCGGGAACACCAUGCAAGAUUCCGUUUCACCGCGGCCGCCGGAUGUAGUUGGCGUAAAAAUUCCAACAGUGAAGAUACUCAUGAGAGAAAUCUUCAACUCUCUGGCAGAAGAACUGUAUAGCAUCUUCACAACUAAGGAG